UUUACAAAUCAAGCUCGAUGAACAAACCAACUCCUGCGAAAAAUUAGCCAGGUUGUAGAAGAAAAUAGCACCAACCGUGACAUUAAAAUGAGUUCAGCUGAGGACCGGCAGCAUGGAACAAAAAGACCUGCGUCUCCACAUGAAGAAGGCAGCAGCACCUGGGAGGGUGCAGAUUUGGGCAACGACGAGAGGAAGCAAAAGUUUCUACGACUGAUGGGCGCAGGCAAGAAAGAGCAUACAGGACGCCUCAUCAUCGGCGAUCACAAGUCAACUUCACACUUCCGAACAGGAGCAGAGGAUAAAAAGAUAAACACAGAGCUGGAGCACCAGUAUCAGCAGGGCAUGGAGGACAAGCUCUCCGGCAGGAACAGGAGGCACUGUGGCCUGGGCUUCACUGAGCCUGACCUGCCUGAAGAGAGCAACAGUGCAGAGCAGGUGGAGAAGGAGGCCAGCCCCGAGGCUGCCGCUGCCACGGACGAGCAGGAACCCGCCGGGGAGUCUCCAUCAGAGCCCGGGGAGCCCGAGCUAGGCGCGGACCCGGCCGACUGCGCCGAUAACGGGAAGGAGGAGAAGAGGCACAGCUUCAAGGUGGCGUUCGUCAAGUCCUCCUAAAACACAACCCGGACCUCACAUCCUAACACUCAGCUGUGCGUGUUUGUGUUUUCAGGGCACGGUCUCCACCCCAAACACUGUCGUUUCAUUUACAAUAAAACCUAGUGUUUCGUUUAAUUGUCCAAUAACAAGUAAAAGCUGAUGAACUGUUAAAACAAACAAAAAAAAAUGUUUAGUUUUGUUGCAAUGCUCUUGAGGGCUUGUUCUCAACUAGGGAAAAUGGGGGUGAAUGUGCUUUUAUAUAUGUAUAUGUGUGUGGGGUUUUUUUUACAGCCAAUUUCAGGAAGAACGCUUUGUAAAGGAUUAAUGCGCAUAGCGUUUAUUACACAACAGGCCAAGAAUUAGCAUAAUAGGCAUUUUUCAUUCUCUUUGAAGUUCAGAGAAGAGCAUAACAAAUGUAUAUGAACCAUCAUCUGAGCAUAAGUAAAUGGAACCACAAAAAUCCUCAGCGGACAUUCUACAGUGGAUAUAUAAGAAAUGGGGGGGGAAAAAAAAAUAGCCCCUCGUUUUUGUGUGGAAUCAGCAUAAGAGCGGAUGUGAUUUAUAUUUUUCCCAGCAUUCGCCCACCAGGCACACUGGCACAUAGGGAGCUGCCUCCCCUCUCUCCCCAGCCUGUGAUAUAGAGCCACGGCAGCUUUGACUGGAGCACGGGGAUGUCUGCAUGCUUCCAACAGGUGUUUGUUUUUUGUAGUUUUUAUUUUUUUUUUUAUUCAAAGAUGCUUGAGACUUGAAUGCAUAAUCACUUCCAAUUAAAGUUUAAGAUCCCGCAUGGGAGCUCAGCGGCCCUGCAAUGUGGGGGCCUACUUCUCGCUGAAGGCAACAAAAUUGUGGUUAACGGUCUCAAGGAUUUUUGUUUGUUUUCCUGUGUGAGGCCGCAGUGGUAACUGUGUUAAAGGGGUGUUUUCUAUCAGGGAAAUUUACCCAACAACAGAAGUGUUCUACUUUGGUUGCAUUCUCGGAGAAUAGGGAUCAGUCUUCAUUUUGUGGUCUGGCCACGUGAUCAAUAUAACCUACUCAACAACCUGCCGAACGAUUUGACAUUACACGCAGUACCUUUAAAAGGUCAGUACUUUGUUGAGGCACUGCUGCGGUUUUAUACUGUUGAAUAGAAAAUAUUGCUUUAUCUUAUGAUUUCUGUUGCAUAAACUGAAAACAUUUCUCCAGCCCUUCAGAACCUAAAUGGAGAAAAGGAAUUAAAAAUGCCCUUUUAAAUGAUAAAAACUCUUUGAACUGUAGAAACAUCUCAAGAUUUUUUCUUUUUUUUUUUUCUUUCCUGGAUUACCUUUUUGUAUUGAAAGUUCACCUCUGAGUCUGCCAAAGUUAGAACCUCUUUUCAAAUAAUGGAAUGAAAUGUAGAGGUCAGAGCAAUCAAUAAAAAUGUUCAAAGAGAA